AUGCUUAUUAAUAACAAUAUUAAUACUUCUGCAGAUAAUCUUAAGGAUGCCACCGGCAAAUAUCACAAAAGUAAUAUUUUCGAAAAAGAUAUUUAUGAUGAGCAUGUAAUUGGAACAUCUUCUACUUUCCUAGACGAGGAUGAUAUGCAACUAGACCCCACAGCCAUUAAUUUAAAUGUCAGCGUCGAUAAUAUCAAUGGUUCUAAUAUAGUAGAUAGUGUAGGCGAAAGCGAUGGCAAUACAGAUCCCACUGCGACAAUCAACAUCAAUAAACGAAAAUUCGGUAAUACUUUAUCGUCACUGAAUUCAGAUAUUUUAUUAUCUUCUAAAGGCUUGCCAUAUAUUGUUGAAAAUGCGCAAAAGAGAAUCAAAAUAUCGUCAAAAAAAUCAAACUAUGAUAAUUUGAGUAAUAUAAUUGAGUUUUACCAAAUUUGGGCACACCAAUGUUUCCCAAAAUUUAGAUUUAGAGAUUUUAUCAAUAACUGCGAAAGAAUUGGCAAGGUUGAUAGGGAUAUUAAGGAUUAUAGACUAAAUUUGUUUUUAAAAGAAGCAAAUAUUAAAAUAGGAAUGGAUCAAGAUGAAACUAAUAUAGAAGUUCAUACUGAAAAAAAAGAUGCUGUAUCGAAUAUUGCUGAGAGUAACGGCGAGGAAACUAACAUAGCUAGUAAUAGUGUCAUAAGAAAUGAGGGAAAUAAAUCUAGCAACACCAGUCAAAAUUUUACCAAUGGUUCAGGAUCAUCUUCACCACAGACUGAGCCUUCGAGUAAUAUUAUAAAAACCAAUAUUAGUACCACAAAUAAAAAUAAUGAAAAUGAAAAUCCCGAUUAUUUACAAAGGGAACAAAGUAGCUCUGGCACAUAUUUCACUCAUUCAGUUUCUACUGUAUCUCAAGAAGAUAAUAAUAAUAUCAAUGUUACUUCUGACGGUGCUACUGUUGCUGCUACUGAUGCUACUACCACAGCCAUGAAUAAUGAUAUUAAUAAUAAUAAUAGUAAUAAUAUAUCUAUCCAAAAUUUAGAUGAACAGCAAUCCGAUGGUAGUAAUAAUGAAGAUGAUUUGGCUUUAAUGCGAGAAUUAGACAUUUAA